AUGGCUGUGGGGAGUGCAGAUAAGCACGUCACCAGCGUUAGCGAGUCAGACACUUUGCAACCAGAGAUGGUUGAGAGAGAUGGAAGUGAUGGGAGAGAGAGUGGUGAGAGAGAGAGGACGGCUUCGGAGUUUAGCCCGCUUAUCUCCCAGGCACCCACUAUCUCCGAGACGAGGGCGUUAAAUCCGGCAGUACCUCAAACCAACCAUGCCUCUACUGAUAACCUGAAGGCUUCUCCAGAUGUGGAUGUGGCGUCUAUUAAUUCUUCUCAUUCAGAUAAAGACUGGCUUUCUCAUGUGAGUGGGUUACCCCUCUGGGCAUCGCCGCUUGUCAGAUUAUGCAUUUUAUUGUUUGUCGUUGGUUUGGGCGUAACCGUAUCUCAACCUUCAAUGGAAGUGAUAUACUAUAAAUUGGCAUGCCAGUCGCUUAUCAAAAAUAGCCAUGCUCCUCCUGCUGACCUUCGCUGUGACCCCGUACAAACCCAACAGAUUGUAUCGACGUAUGUCAUGUGGGAUAACAUCAUUGACCUGGCGGUGGCUUUAACUGUUUGUACCAAAGUCAGUACGCUUUCUGAUAUCCACGGCAGGAAACCGUUUCUUACGUUGUUUAUUGUGUUGACCACAGUGACUUAUUAUAUGCGUUACUUUUUCAUGUCGUCGUCUUCAGGGUUCCCCAUGUGGGGGUUAUGGACAGCUACUGCCGUGGGUUCGAGUUCUGGAGGUAUGGUGGCUUUCAUGGCCUUGUUUAAAGCGUACAUUACCGAUAUAACUGUGGCCCUGGAACGUGUCAAUGCCAUCAGUUACUGCCUUGUAUCGUUUUCCGUGGGCCAGAUCGGCGGGCCGUUGUUAUCUUCGCUUUUACUUACCCAUGCCAGAAAGAAGGAAUCACCUAUUCCCAAGAUCCCUCGAGUUUCUGACCCUGGCAUCUUGGCUCUGCUUGAUCCAGCCAACUUGGUUCCCAAAUCUGAGCUUAUCCCGCUUAAAGCCAGUUUGUUUGCAUUCACUUUGGCGUCAAUCUUCUGUUUUGUGCUUUUGCUCGAACUGAGAUCCCACAAGUCAAGAAUGAAGUCUAGAUCAGCGUCUGUGGUGCUGCUCCAAGCUCCUAGACCUCACUUACCCACCGUAUGGUCCAGAAUCUUCCACAGUUUCACCAGUUUCAUCGAACCGCUUCGUCUUCUUACGUUUCCCUCAGAACUACGCACAGAAGAAAACGCUUCCAAAUUCAAGAACAUCAGAAAGUGUGUUUUGCUUCUUGCCGUUACUGAGCUUCUUUUCGGAGUCAUCAUGGUUCUGUCCAUGAUCGUGGAACCCCAAUACUGUAUUUACAAGUUUAAAUGGGACUCAGUAACCAUAUCCAACUUUUCCAUUGCCAGAUCGUGUUCUGUCAUAUUCAGCUUGGCGGUGUUCUUGCCGCUUCUUUAUAAACACAUCUUCCCUCGUUUCAAGCUGUUACGUCCUGUUGCAAACACUUUUGACUCUGCAGAUGCUUUGGUCAUGGCUGGAGGCCUUUUGCUCUAUGCCUUUUGCCAUAUAGGUAAAGCUGUUUCCUCAAAUGGGUCUGUUUUCGUUGGUUUGGCCAUGGCUGGCUCUUUGGCUGGCGUUGUUGGUCCAGUGGCAGCAGCAGCACCAGUGAAGUUCUUUCCUGGUUCAAAGAUUGGUGAGUUCUACGGUGCCAUUGCACUCGCUCAAGGAAUCAUCAAUCUAGUUGCUCCUAUGAUUGUUACUAAAUUAUUCACUACAGGCGUGAAGAAAGGGUUCCCUGGCUUAUCGUAUGUGUUCACUUCGCUGACCUUGAUAAUCUGUUUUAGCUGUGUUGUCUUGGCUCGUUAUUUUGUAAGGGAAAGGCGCUCUGGUUCGCCUACAGUUUGA